AAGCAGCCAGGAUGGCAGGAAGAGGUCCAGCCGUAGUCAUAAUCAGUGUCCUCCAAAGCUCCUUCUCUGUAUUUAGAGUCGACUGGGAAAAAUCCUGCUACACUUUUUCAUCAUCACACAAGUUUUAUGAGUAAAACGUUUCUGCGAUUCAGUUAUGUCGUCUGUGUCCUCCUCUUACCGCUCCUCAUCUCGCUACAGCACCUCCAGCACCUAUCGAUCAAGGGGAUCACUGAGCGGAUCCACAGAUUCCCUCGAUGUUCUGUUGGAGCCCUUCCUUGAUUCUUCUAACUGUUCCAGCUUGUUUGGAGAUGACAGCAGCCUGAGCCCCUUGAGCAGGAACAGAAGUUCAUCCAGUGAGCAUUCAGCUUCUGCAGGUGGAACUGUGGCAGGACUGCAGACUGGAGCAAGUAGCGGGGUGCGAUGUGUUGGUGAUACUUACUACAUUUCUGCUGAUGUCAGCCAGUUUGAGCCACAGGAUAUUGUAAUUAUGGCCUACAAUCAAAAAAUCGUCAUUCAAGCCCAAAAGGUUUUGGAUGAUGGCAGUGUGACUGAUACUUUUAGCCACAAGUCCCAGUUUCCUAAAGAUAUGGAUCCUCUUUCAGUCAGUGGGACUCUACAGCCUGAUGGAACACUCUUGGUGAGCACUCGCAGGACUGGACCUGAACCUCCAGGAGUCGUUACAGACUGCGGCCUGGCUCACCUUUGAUAUAUGCCCUUGAAAAUAUCUCAGCUAUUAUUGUUGUGCAUCUUUUUUUUUUUUUUACUUCUAACUGGAUUCUUUAUUCUUAGCUAUUGAUAUGAAAUGGCAAUAUUCUUGAUUUAAAUAAAUCACUUUUGGACUCAGA